UUUUUAAGGAAGUUCCGUGUUGUUUUUGGAUACAGCACUUUUUACAUAAAUAUAGUUGUUAUAUCUUCCUGUUGAAUUUACCCUUUUAUCAUUAUAUAAUGUCCUUCUUUGUGUUCUGACACGUUUUGACACUUACUGUGUAUUUGCCUAAUAUUAUUAUGAGCAACUGUGCCCUUUAUUGGUGAUCGUUUCUAUGGAAUACAUUUUCCAUCUUUGACUUCGGUCCCAUGAGUGUCUCCACAUCUACAGUGAGUCUCUUGUACACAGAAGGUAGCUGGAUUAUAUAUUAUUUCCUAAUCAGCCAAAUCGUGUCUUUAGAUUCAGGGAGUUUCAUCUGUUUUCAUUUAAAGUAAUCACUGAGUCGGAGGGAAUACUAUAACCAUUUUUGAAUUAUUUUCUGCUUUUUGUUCAGCUAUUUUGUUCCUCGUUCCCACCUCUGAACUGGGUUCUGUUGUCCUUGAUUUCUGUUCGUAGUUGCAUGCUUUGAUUUCUUUCUCAAUUUCUUUUAGUGUGUCUGUUAUAGGUAUUUUAUUGUGGUGACCGUAGGGGUAACUGAAAACAUUGUUAAAGUUGUGACAGUGUUUUUUGAGUUCUUGGUGAGGUAAUUAAUAGCUAUAUUAAUUUAGGGCUAAUUCCUCAAGAAUUAGUUUUUCCUCUGAUUGGACCAUGUUUUUAUGUUAUUUUGUAUGUCUUGCGAUGUUUUGUUGAGGCUUUGGAGAAGAAACAGCCACCAUCCCAGGCUGUGUCGUCCUGCUUUGUACUAGAGAACACACAUAGCAGGCAGCUGUGCUUGAAAUUAUUAUGCCUAUGAAACAGUUUCUAUGGAUAUGUAUGCUCUGUGUUGUUUGCAUGUAAUUUUCCGCUUUGAAAUGUUUUCGUUUCUUCUUUAGAGGCAGUGUUUUAUUCCUGUCCGUGAUGAUUAUCUUCAGUACUGCGCUCUUAGUGGUGUUUGAACAAUUACUUACCGUUUUUUCUCAGUGGCCACCACAAUGCAUUCACAUUGCACUGCCAUUUCCUUAGCACUUGUGUUAUGCAAAAGAUAAACAAGUCCCUCAGGUGGCUGCAAAAAGGGAGUCCAUUGAACAUGAAGUUCACCUCUGGAGAAGAAACUGGCAUUUUGGGUUUUCUCACAACAUUGCCAUGUGUGCCAGGGAGGGUACACAGUAUUGUUGGCAAAUCUAUGUCUUCUGAGGACACCUUGGACCUGUUGCCAAACCCAGGAAUAGAAGAUUCAUCCCACAAAAUGCUACUGAGUACGUGUAAUGAGAGAAGUUAUCAAUUCAGUGAAGCUUUGAAAAACUUUAAACAAGCAUCAGAUCCUAAUAAGCAUCAGAGAUUUCAUUUUCUAGAGAACCACUGUACACGAGGCAAAAUCUGUCAUGAAAGCUCCAAUCUUACACAUCAGAAUAGUUAUACUGUAGAGAAGUUAAACAAAUGCAGUGAAUAUGACAAGUUUUUGAAACAAUCAUUACAUUUUACUGAACAUGAGAAUAUUCAUACUGGGGAGGAACCUUACAAAUGUGUUACAUGUGGGAGAGUCUUUAGUCGAUUAUCCAGUCUCAACGGACAUAGGACAACCCAUACUGGAGUGAAGACUUACAAAUUUAGAGAAUGUGACAAAACGUUUACUCAGUGUUCAGAUCUUACCAGACAUAAGAUGAUUCAUACUGCAGAGAAGACUUACAAAUGUAGAGAACCUGGGAAAGCCUGUAAUUGGAAUUCAUCUUUUAUUAAAUAUAAGAGAAUUCAUACUGAAAAGAAUCCCUACAAAUGUAAGGAAUGUGGCAAAGCCUUUACUACGCGCUCAAGCCUUGCUGAACAUGUGAGAAUUCAUAUUGAAGAGAAGCCUUUCAAAUGUAGAGAAUGUGGUAAAGUGUUUAUUCAACAUUCAUAUCUUACUAGACAUGAGUUAAUCCAUACUGGAGAGAAGGCUUACAAAUGUAGAGAAUGUGGUAAAGUCUUUACUCAGUGCUCAAGUCUUGCUGUACAUAUGAGAAUUCAUACCGGAGAAAAGCCUUACAAAUGUAGAGAGUGUGGUAAAACCUUUACUCAACGUUCAUAUCUUACUAGACAUGAGUUAAUCCAUACUGGAGAGAAGCCUCACAAAUGUAGAGAAUGUGGUAAAGCCUUUAAUAGGCACUCACAUCUUACUAGACAUAAGUUAAUCCAUACUGGAGAAAAGCCUUACAAAUGUAGAGAAUGCGGUAAAGCCUUUAAUGAGCAUUCACAUCUUACUACACAUGAGUUAAUCCAUACUGGAGAGAAGCCUUACAAAUGUAGAGAAUGUGGCAAAGCUUUUACUCAGCGCUCAAAUCUUGCUGCACAUAAGAGAAUUCACACGGGAGAAAAGACUUUCAAAUGUGGAGAAUGUGGUAAAGCGUUUAUUCAACGUUCAUAUCUUACUAGACAUGAGUUAAUCCAUAGUGGAGAGAAGCCUUACAAAUGUAAAGAAUGUGGUAAAGCCUUUUACCUGCGCUCUAAACUUACACUACAUGAGAGAAUUCAUACCAGACAGAAGCCUUACAAAUGUAGAGAAGUCGUAAAUAAAGCCUUUACUUAGCAUGCAUUUCUUACUAGGCAUGAGAGAAUGCAUACCGGAGAGAAUCCGUACUAAUGUGAAAAAUGUAGCAAAGCCAUUAGUCACCAUUUAGAGUUUACUGAACACAUAAAAAUUGAUAAUGGAGACAAACCUAAAAGUGAAGAAUUCAAGAAACCCUGUAGCAGGACCUACAGCCUCACUCAAUAUCAGAGAAUGCUUACUGGGGAGAAAUCAACAUUCAAAAUCAACGAUGAAAACCCUGUGUUCAAAAUACAAACUUCAGAAUGUCCGCAUAAUUCAUUCUCCAAAGUGACUUUAAAGAUGUAAAAUAAUGUGAGGAAAUGUUUAAUAGACAAUGAAAUCUAAGACAUUAGAUAAUUGACAUUACAAAGUAGUCAGUAAAGGAGAGUUUUCAGAUAUUUUAAAUCAAUACAUAUAGUGAAUAAGUAAAUGUUAAAAAGCUUGUAAAUAUGCUUGAAAGUGUCAUGGGGAUGGAUGUUGCAAAGGUAUAAUUAUUUACAAUCAGUCUUUAUAUAUUGAUAGUAUUUGAGGUUUGUUGAAAAGGAAAUGUUAAUGGAAUCUCACUGUGAAGUCACUUGAUGCUGUUUUUUUACUCCUAGUGUGUGUGAAUCAUGGGUUGUUUGUUGCUGUCUCAAGCAUCUGAGUACCCAUGUAUGUUGGGUGGGAUUCACUCAGAAAUACUUUUCCCUGGAAGACUGAGGGCACUGUAAUACACAAUGUAUGAUGAAAAUCUAAAUGGAGAUGCUGUUUGGUUGACUUAGAAUGUUGAUGUAAGUCACCGUGAAGUAGGUGUUCAGGGCAUCAUUCUCUGCAUUAAUGUGAGACAGGAACAUUCUGAAUGGUAAUUAGUUUUUGCAGUUCCUCUUUAAGGGAAAUUAGGUGGUGGUGUUUGAAACCCUGAUGUGUCUUUGUAGUAGCCAUAAAUGGGAGUCAUAAAUGUUACCAGAUGAGGUUGAAAUAAAGAGGUGUUCAGAGAUAUCUAGGAAGGACAUACAACUUAUCCCUAAGUGCAUAAAUUAUUGUACAUUGUUUCCUAAACAAGGAGCCUCAGUCUUCAAACUCAUGGAAAACAGAGCUGUAAGGUCAUUAUAUCAGAACAACCAGAAUGCUUCCUAAAUUGUUAUCUGUAUUUUGUGCAUGGAUCCUACAAGUGGUUUGCCCUGCUUUAUUUAGGCUAUGUGUGAACUUAUAUUUACAUUAAUAAUAAAGCAAAUGAGUUUUACUGUA